AUGGUGGCUAAACGGAUCUUGCUGCUGUCGCGGCCGUUUACGAGGGCGGCUUGGCCUCGGACGGAGCGGAGCUAUGCGACCACGAGGCAGCCCAGCGCAACGACUCAAUUCUACAAGACGUUUACCCGGCCCGUUGCAAAAGUCACCCUGCUCGCCGUCUUCACGUACCAGGUAGUCUACUGGGUCUGGGUCAAGCUCGAGGCGGACGAGAUCCGUGUCGAGACUGAUGCUACCAUUGCCGAGCUAGAGGCUCAGGUCAGCGCACACGGCGCGGCGAGGACCAAGGAGGCUGGCAAGGAGGGCGGGAGCAAAGCCAAGUGA